AUAGUGAAGGUGUUGCGAGUUUUCGAGUGAAAUCUCAAAACCACCGACGUAAAGCAACUUACAAUCCCAAAACUCAGUUGAAAAUGGAGUUUUUUAGAGAACUUAAAGAGUUUCGAGGUAACCAGGACAGGGAGGAGGAAGAGGGUGUCGUAUCAGUGGAGCUUAUUACUAUGAUAGUGCCGCCAACGCUACAAGACUUGCUAGAAUCUAUUACACUCGAGUGCAACGCUAGUCCAAGCAUUGCUGAUGGUUCUAGUGACGACCAUUCUCCGUCUUUUAAAGGUUCGUCUUCAGAAAAGACGCCCAGUGAAGGAGAAAGUGUUGGAAUAGGCAUUGGAAGUCCUUUAAUGACAAGUAUGAAGGAGGGCGUACCAGUGCUUGAAGAGUGAGAGAAUAAAACCAUCACCAGAAA